UUUCGUAUAGUGUCACACUGUUGCAGCAUUUGUUAUUGUUAAUUUUAUUGCUAUAUUUCGUAUUACAUUUAGCUGUGACAACAUGACGAUAUUUAAUUUGUAUAUAUUCGACAAAAUGGGCACUCUGAUGCACUAUGCUGAGUGGAACCGCACCAAGAAAUCAGGCAUAACACGAGAAGAGGAAGCGAAACUGACGUAUGGGAUGCUAUUCUCGAUUAAGUCUUUUGUCAGCAAAAUAUCACCACACGAUCCACGUGAAGGAUUUCUUUACUACAAAACGAAUCGCUAUGCCUUACACUAUUUGGAAACGCCCUCUGGAUUAAAAUUUGUGCUAAACACGGACACUGCAGCCAUCAAUGUGAAGGAGCUGCUGCAGCAGCUGUACGCCAAAGUCUGGGUGGAGUAUGUGGUGCGUGACCCACUGUGGACGCCCGGCACAGUGGUCACAUCGGAGCUAUUUCAGAGCAAACUCGACGAAUUUGUCAAGCAGUCACCCAUUUUCGGCAUUAGAAAUAUUUAGUAAUAUAAGCCUACUGUAUAGUUAAUAGAUAUGUACAUAAAACACCAAAUAAUGUGUCACAGACGCAAUGCGUCCCCAAAUUGUAGUUGUUAACAGCUACAAUGGCCUCCAAUUAUGCUCGCACAGCAGGAAGCUGCGAAUUGUCGCAGCAACAUUUGAAAAGAAGCCGCCCAACACUUGCGCAAGGGACAAACAACUGACCCGUUACUCGCAAGCAUCCAAAUUUAUGAUUUGCAAUUGCAUAUUAUCUUUUGUUUUCGCGCAAAUUCGUUAGCGUUUCGCAUGUGAAGACAGUUAUUGUUGCAGCUAUUAAAUCUGUGAGCGACUCGCCCCCAUCGCCAGUUACUCUGACUCGCAUCCAAGGGUUUUGCGCAAUGGAAAAUGAUUUGCAAAAUGUCAGCUGCGCAUAUACAUAUUUACAUGUAUGGAGAUCUCCAUAGUUAAAAGAAGAGAAGAGUAUAGCAAAUGCCAGCUGUAUGGAUGACAGAGCGAGAUACAAUCGUUUAACGCCGAAUUUGUUUUACGGUUGCCUUUGCACAAAAACCAGUCGCUGCAGUACCGUUAGCAACCUUUUGGGCAUGCUAAUACAUGCAUACUCGUACAUACAUAUUUAUACACUCCCAUAUAUACUUGCACUCUUUGCUCUGAGUACUUUGACUAUGCCACCCUUUUUG